AAAAAGCAACCGCUUUUAAAAAGACACCAUUAAAUAAAAGCAAUAGCAACAGACGAAUACUACUUGAACGCACUGUAAGUAGUAGGAUUGUAGUGCUCUAGAUUCCGAGCCUGCGGGGGACCUCUGAAGGCAGCACAGUUGUGAGAUCAGCUGAUUUUUUACGCUGCCAUUUUGUCCGGCAGAGAAGCAACCAGCCAGUCAGUCCGUAAAGAGAAACCACUGGCGAGACUUUUUAGACAGCAGCGCAGGACGGGACUGUCGGAGGGGGGAAAACGAACUGGUAAUGUGGAGUGGAUAACCGAAGGACAGCACCAACUGAGCCUGAGGACCGUGAAGGGAAACAGCCGAACCGACGGAGCUGUCAUUUUGAACUUAACGGGUCCGCCGGCUCCGCUCUUCAGUCACAGACUAACAGGGGAGUCGUUCGGUCGCUCGUUGGCUCGUUAGCUAACCCCGCUAGCUACUCGGCUAACACCCACCGCUCCUCGCCUCUCGUCUCACCGGGAGAAACUGCACCUGUCCGGGCUGUCAGUCCCACAUUGUCCUCUUAUAAACUCCAAACAAUGUGCUGCUCCAUCCCGAGUGACUUUUUACGCCCGAGGGGGAUUUUAACGCACACUUUUCCAAGAGACCAGUGAUAGCUAAACGGUCCAAGCUAACAAGUUGACGUGGAGGAAGAACUCGAGAUUUUUUUGGUUGUUGUUGGCGUCCUCCAAGCUGUGAUUUUUAUACGGAUUACUUUUUCUUCUUGCUUGCCCCCGAGGUGGUCUCUUCCCAAAACAAAUCGUCCGGGUUUCAUACAAACCAGCCAGUUAGCUAUGUUUAUUUGUGGCCAGAAAGUAAUUUCCAGUGUUUACAAAUUCCACAGUGGGACUCUUUCCUGGUUCGAGUACUGCAACGGAAACAUUAGCUAACACAGACUAGCUCGGAUUAGUGUCGACGUGUUUUGUUUACUAGAUAGAUAGAUAGAUAGGGGGAAUAAACAGUUGCCAAACAACUCAACUACGAAAGAAAACUGCAGAUCAGCUUGUGGCUGUUCAUUGUUAAGCCAGAUUUUCUUUUACCUGCGUUAUUUUUUUGUUGUUGCCACCAGUGAUCUGACUUCACUGCAGACGGGGCUGCACAGGUUUCGUACGCACCUGGAGAGAAGAAUCAGAAACUUACCAGCGGGUGUCUGAUCGCAGCCCUUUACCUCCUCUUGACAGUGAAGUCACGUUGAGUUGUGACCCGCAGGGAGUUGAUCCAUUGAUCGGAUCGUUACUGUGCUGUUUUUUUUAAAUAGCUGAUUGAAGCAGAAGCAGAGACAGGGAGAAACGGAGAGCGAUGUCGGGCCAAUCUAUCACGGACCGGAUCGCUGCAGCGCAGCACAGCAUGACCGGGUCGGCUAUCAGCAAGGCUGUGUGCAAAGCCACCACACACGAAGUCAGCGGACCCAAGAAGAAACACCUUGACUAUCUGAUCCACUGCACCAAUGAGAUGAACGUGAACAUUCCCCAGCUGGCGGACACGUUGUUUGAACGCACGGCCAACUCCAGCUGGGUGGUGGUCUUCAAAGCCCUCAUCACCACCCACCACCUCAUGAUGUAUGGAAACGAGCGUUUCAUCCAGUACCUGGCCUCCAGAAACACUCUGUUUAACCUGAACAACUUCCUGGAUAAGGGAGCCCUGCAAGGCUACGACAUGUCAACCUUCAUCAGACGAUACAGCCGCUACCUGAACGAGAAGGCCAUGUCCUACCGACUGGUCGCUGUGGAUUUCACCAAGAUGAAGAGGGGGAUUGACGGUGUGAUGCGCACCAUGAACACAGAGAAGCUGAUUAAGACGCUGCCCAUCAUUCAGAAUCAGCUGGAUGCUCUGCUGGAUUUCCAGGCCAACCCGAAUGAGCUGACCAACGGGGUGAUCAACUCAGCUUUCAUGCUGCUUUUCAAAGACUCCAUAAGGCUGUUUGCUGCUUACAAUGAGGGGGUCAUCAACCUGCUGGAGAAAUACUUUGACAUGAAGAAGAACCAGUGCAAAGAUGCUCUGGACAUCUACAAGAAAUUUCUUUACAGGAUGACGAAGCUGUCGGAGUUCCUCAAGGUGGCCGAGCAAGUUGGAAUAGAUCAGGGUGACAUCCCAGAUCUCUCACAGGCCCCCAGCAGCCUCCUGGAGGCUUUGGAGCAGCAUCUGGCCUCUCUGGAGGGCAAGAAGACCAAGGAAUUGAAUGCAGACACCAGAGCGUCCACCCUGUCCAGCGCCGUCUCAUCUCUCUCCUCCACCGGCAUGUCCUUCAGCCGCAUGGACGAAAAGGAGAAGCAGCAGGCCUUGGAGGAAGAACAGGCCAGACUGCAGGCUCUUAAGGACCAGCGCCUGAAGGAGAUCAGCAUGCAGACUCCACCCUCUGCCUCCCCGAGCAGCCAGUCGAUAGGCAGCGCCAACAACAACAACCACAUCACACAAACGGCGGAGCUGUUCACCUCCACGCUGACUGCCAACAGUGUGCCCAACCUGAACAGUGACCUGUUUGAUCUUCAGCCGGCCUUCAUCCCCGCUGUGCAGAGCACUCCUUCAAUCUCCACCGCCAACAGUGCCUGGGGAGGAUUGGAGAGCCAGCCUCUGCAGCAGACCACCCCAGCCAUGACCGUAGAUUUCGAUGCUGUGUUUGGGAAUAAGGCCACGCCCAGUAACAACAGCCCGCAGUCUGCAGCCGGUUUUGACACUCUAGGUGACCUGUUGAAGCCUACAAUUCCUGCGCACACUGCACCUCCUCCUCCUCCUCAAAUGGCCAUUCACCCUGGAGGAAAGCUGCUAGCCAGCGACCUCGACUCCUCUCUGGCCAACCUCGUAGGCAAUCUGCAGUUUGGUGGGACCCCAGCCAAGAAGCCAGAGAUGCAUUGGAGCCAGCCUGGAGAGAAGAAGCUGACGGGAGGCCAGAACUGGCAGAACAAGACCAUGUCGACCACCCAGUGGAGCCCAGCUCCAAUGGCCCCACAGCCCAUGCCUGUACAACACGUGGCUCCAGCUCCCAUGGCUUUUCCCAUGACCACACCGCAAGUGCCUGUGUAUGGAAUGGUCCCUCCCCAGAUGGGUCAAAUGGGCGGGGUACCAGUGAUGGCUCCUCAGCCAAUGAUGUACAACCAGCCUGUUCUCAGACCCACCAACCCCUUCACGCCCAUGCCCGGAGCCCAGAUGCAGUUUAUGUAAUCCAGUUGGGAGGGAGGGGGGCAGAGUGCCAAAAGCGACAAACACACAAGAGGAACGAUCAGAUGGACGGAGGGAUGAUUCAGUCAAGCUCAAACGACUCAGAGACAAACGGACCACAAGAUAACCAACUGACACCAAAAACAAAGACA